ACACAAUAAUUGUGUGAACUUGAAUGGAGUUGUACCAGUUUAAUGCGAAAUAAUAUUUAGAGUCAUCAGUUUUGUGCGGACAACCGUUAAGGAAGGAUACCAAAGACGGUUGAACAUACAGCUUGUGGUUUGUCUCGCAUUUCAUCUCUCAGAUUUCAACCCCAUUAUCCAACUACUGGAACAUAAAACCUAUAAAACAAUGAUAGUAACGUGUUAAUUCUCAGUGAAAUAGUUUUAUUAGUUUAUGUGAACUUUUAAAUUUUAGUAGUUAUAUUAAAAUUUUGUCCCGAGUCUAGAGAGUGUCCAAUUAGGUCAGCUACAAUCAUCAGAUGGAUAGCAAAGCAUCACGCAAAGCAUCGGCUCAGAACAAUGAGGAUACAGAGAGCACCAAGAAUGUGUCUGCGGGAGACGAUGUGGCUCUUAAGGCCAAAAUGAGCCUCCUCAAUGGUGUUACUGUGAUUGUGGGCUCGAUCAUUGGAUCGGGCAUCUUUGUAUCUCCUACAGGAGUCCUCAAGUACACAGGCAGUGUCAAUAUGGCUCUCAUAGUCUGGACUGUCUCCGGUGUUUUUUCCAUGAUCGGCGCAUAUUGCUAUGCAGAACUUGGGACUAUGAUAACCAAAUCAGGAGCUGAUUAUGCAUACAUCAUGGAAACCUUUGGGCCCUUCAUGGCAUUUAUAAGGCUUUGGAUCGAGUGCAUGAUCGUUCGUCCUUGCUCCCAGGCCAUCGUGGCACUCACUUUCAGUGUGUACGUCAUGAAACCCUUCUUUCCGGAAUGCCAACCACCUGAAGAGUCCGCAAGAAUGCUUGCAGUAUGCUGCAUUUGUGUGUUAACUUUUGUAAACUGUUGGGAUGUCAAAUGGGCAACAAAAGUGCAAGAUGUUUUUACAUUUGCCAAAUUACUCGCUUUAUUCAUCAUUAUAUUUGUUGGAGCAUAUUUGUUGUUUACUGGACAUGUUGAAUAUUUUACAUUUGAAAAUACCCAAGGUGAUGUGUCCAACAUCGCCCUAUCAUUUUAUUCGGGUCUUUUUGCAUAUAACGGCUGGAACUAUCUCAAUUUUAUCAUAGAAGAACUCAAGGAUCCUAUUAAAAAUCUCCCACGUGCCAUUGCAAUCUCUUGCACUCUUGUGACUGUGGUCUAUGUCUUAGCCAAUGCUUCAUUUUAUACCAUCCUAUCGCCCGACGAGGUCCUUGGAUCAGAAGCGGUGGCUGUGACAUUUGCCGAUAGGAUUUUCGGAAGCAUGGCUUGGACAAUUCCAGUAUUUGUAGCCCUUUCGACUUUCGGUGCCGUAAACGGUAUCCUUUUGACUUCAUCGAGAUUGUUCUACGCAGGAGCCUGUGAGGGUCAGAUGCCUGAAAUUCUGACAAUGAUUCAAAUUCAUCGAAUGACACCUACACCUGCUGUUCUCAUCAUGGCCCUACUAUCAAUGUUAUAUUUGAUGUCUUCUGACAUCUUUGCUCUCAUCAAUUAUGUUGGUUUUGCCACAUGGUUAAGCAUAGGUGUAUCUGUACUAUGCUUACCCUGGCUUAGAUGGGCCCAACCGAAUCUACCAAGACCAAUUAAAGUGAAUCUCAUCUUCCCUAUUAUCUACCUUCUGGCCACAAUAUUUGUUACAGUCGUUCCUAUGUACGCUAGUCCAGUUGAGACUGGUUAUGGCGUCCUUAUGAUCUCAUCUGGAAUUCCAGUCUAUUUCAUCUUCAUAUCGUGGAAGAACAAGCCAAAAUGGUUCCGAAAACUGAUGGGAGGACUUACAGUAAUUCUUCAAAAAACUAUGAUAGUUACAAGGCCUAAGUCAAGUCUAAAGUGAGUAUUACUGGAUUUCUUCAAAAAAUCUUGCUGGUCGUGGGUAAAUCAAGGUCAACAAAAAUUUAAUUGCCAAACGAAACUGAGAUGAUAGCUUUUAAUAAUUUUUAAAAUAGCAUUUUUUAUUUAUCUUCACUGAUAUUACCAAUUGUUUUAUAAUAAAAAAAAAGAACAUUUCCAAUAAAGUAACUCUAAAUGGC